GCACUGGCCCGAUACAUCCAUAGGCCACUGAGAGUCAUUGUAAAGGGCAGGUAUGCAUCGAGUCACCUCCAAACGAUGCCUGAUGAGGCUUUCUAUAACAACGAUGUCGUCAAGCAAGUUGAUAUACCAACACUUGCUGGUGUGGUGGGUGUCCUAGCGAACCACGUUCCCACCAUUGGUGUUCUCAAACCGGGCGUAGUUUCAGUUAUCGAUCUUCAAGGAAAUGUAGAGAAGUUUUUCGUUUCAUCUGGUACAAUGUCAAUGAACAUUGAUGGAACCUGCCAGGUGUUGGCUGAGGAAGUAGUGAAGGUGGAUGAUAUCGACCAAACGGCUGCUCGCGCAGAACUCGAGGCUGCACAACGUGCUUCUGUUGAGGGAAGCGACGUAUCCAAAGCUGAAGCGCAGAUAAGAGCCGAGGUUUGA